AAUCCUAACGCGAGAUUUCCAGGAGAAAGCGCUCCAUCGCUGAGCAGCUGUCAGAAGUGGAGAGCAGCCCGAUGGCGAAAGUGGAGCUGGCGCCCAUGAGAUCAUGGGACGAUUUCUUUCCUGGAUCUGAACGUUUCGCCAAACCAGACCUGCGAGAUUUACCGAAAUGGAACAACAGAGUGGUCAGCAACCUGCUGUACUACCAGACCAAUUAUCUGGCCGUGGCAGUCGUGGUGUUUUUGAUUGUGGGGUUCAUGAACCCCCUUGGCAUGUUCACUGGCGCAGCAGUGGUGGUAUCGGUGUUCCUCGGUUCUGUGUGGGUGGGGGACAACAAAGCAGUGAUCAAGAACUUUAAGAAGGAGAACCCUACACUGUUUGUCUUUUUAGUGAUGCUAAUCAGCUACCUCCUCAUGUCGCUCUUCGGAGGAGUCAUGGUCUUCUUGAUGGGGAUCAAGCUUCCACUGCUCUUGAUAUUCGCUCACGCCUCCCUGCGUCUCCGCAACAUGAAGAACAAACUGGAGAAUAAGAUGGAGAGUGCAGGACUGAAGAAAACACCCAUGGGGAUUAUACUGGAGGCUCUGGGCCAGCAAGAAGAGAACCUAAGCAAGAUUCAGGAGUUCCUGGAGAACAAACUCAAGGAGUGAUAUGUAGCUAUGGAUGACUGUGUGUUUUUUAUUUUAUUCUGAUCCCGGUAUGAAUGAUGUAUCUCCGUUUUCAGCCUAUGCAAUAAAAAUCCAGCUGGAUCUUCCAAAGACGUGUGGGGAAAAAAACUAAAGACAAUGAAAAGUUACACAGUGUAUGACAGGAACAUUAUGAAAUGUUACAAAGCUCAGUUUUUUUCUGGCAAAUGCUGAAUGGUCCUGUUAGUACCAUAAACUGAUGGAACGUCUGUGGGAUUUAGGAACCAAAUGUUCUCAGAAAUGAUGAGGAACGUCUCAGAAAUGGUUUCUCCUAAGUUUAAUGUGACUUAUUAGAACACUUUUCUUGCCCAGUAGGUUUUUAUAUCAUUUGUUUGGUGCUAGGUAGAGACCACUGAAUGCACUCUUCCGUGAUAAACACAUCCGCUUUGAGUUCUAUAACUUCUAGGAUAAAUUGUAAAACCUCUAAAAGAAAUGUUACGCCUUGGCGUGACCCUGUAUUGAGUUAUACAAUACAGUAAUCACUGGGCUCACAUGAGUUAAAACUUGCUAGUUAGCUCAUAGCUAUGAUUUGGCUCCUAUGUGAAAUUAUGUUUAAUUAAAUGUCAAAAAUUUUGAUGUAAAAUUUUGAAAUAAUGAAGCAGUGUUCUAUAAUCCUGUGCCAAAUUGUUGUACUUGAAGAGAAAUGAAAUAUUUGUUCACGAAAUGAUGAAGUUUGCAAAUAAAAAAAUCUGUGAAUUACUGUGAGAA